CCUCUCGCAGGUGCCAGGCUUGCUGUGUAUUUUCCCGCCCUUUCCAGCUCUUCGUGAGGAGAACUGGGUGAUUUAGAAUGGAUUGGUUUCACUGUAACUGGUGUUUUCGAAAAGAUGGAGACAAUUUCUUUGUCACCAGCUGUGGCCAUAUUUUUUGUAAAAAGUGUGUGACUCUGGAAAAAUGUGCUGUUUGUGGAACUGCCUGCAAGCAUCUGGCUCUUUCUGAUAAUCUGAAACCUCAGGAGAAGAUAUACUUCAAAAGCCCUGUGGAGACAGCUUUGCAGUAUUUUAGUCACAUCUCUCAGGUGUGGAGUUUCCAGAAGAAACAAACAGAUCUCCUCAUCGCCUUUUAUAAGCAUAGAAUUACAAAGUUAGAAGCAGCCAUGCAGGAGGCACAGCAGACGGUGACCAGCCAGGAAAAAGAGCUGUCAGUCUUAAAGAAGGAGAAUGGAGAACUGAAGAAAUUUCUUGCCAUCCUAAAGGAAUCUCCAAAUUGGUACCAAGGAAGCAGGUCAGCCACACCUCGACCAGUAGGCAUUACUUCUCCAUCACAGUCAGUUACUCCACGACCCAGUUCUCAGCACAGCAGCCAAGUGGUCAGUCGGUCCUCCUCGGUGGAGUCUGUCCCUUACAGAAUGUCUGGAUUUACUAGCUUGGGACAAGGAGUCAGAGGCCUACAAGGAAAAAGUACUCCCAGAGACUCAUAUAUUGAAACCCCUUCACCAGCUUCCACUCACAGCCUAUCUUAUAGGCCUUCACCUGCCUCUUCUGGACAGGGGAUUUUUUCUUUCAGACCAUCCCUAAAUGGUGGGGAUUCAGGCCACACAAGAGCCCUUACCCCCAGUAAUUCAGGUCAGAGGGAAAGCAGAACCCCACUAGAGAGUCUUCCUGGUUUCCAGCUACCAGUCCAGCAGGAAGACUUUUUUCAGCACCCCCUUGUCAGACUUACGCACGAGCUGAGCCGCGCCCGCCCAGCCGAGGGCCCAACCGCCGUCAGCAGCGUCGUUGUAAAUGUAGCGCCUAGAGCAACCGGGAACUUGUUCUACAGAUGGAUCAAAUGUCUUGCCACCUGAAAGACGAGGAUCCUAGCUGUCCGGCGCCUUCGGAACACUGCACAGGUGUUCCCAAAGACGAAGUGUCAGAAGGGGGCACUUGUUUGGGACCUACCGGAUCCCCAGGUCCCCUUUCUGUCCCAGUGAAGAGGACCUGGAACUCCACCUCAUAUCUGGGGACCUUGGUUUUCUCUUGUCUAGAAAGGGAUGGCAAUGAAAUGGACUUUUCACCAAAGUGGUAGUCCACACCCCGAAG